UCUCUCUGUAACAUAUCUCUACCAACUCCGGUGGUGGACAACUCCGAGCCAUCACAACUGUUUGGGCCCCACCCCUCUCUCUCAAUAACUUUUCCAAAUUAUACGUUAGUUCAUAUUAUACCACUUUUUCCUCCGAUCUCUCUCUUUCUCUCUCUAAAUCCUUCUCUCUUACGCGUCGCGCACACUCUCACUCUCUCUAAAGUCGUGUCACUGAUCCCCUCAAGUCCACAUUUGGCAUCAAUCCCCUCCCUCCCUCCACCCAUUUUACAGAGCAGACUUAGCUUGCCAAGAAAUCAACACACCCUUUUUCUUAUUGAAUAUACCAAUCUUUUAUAGACUCAUUUAUUUAUUUAUUAUUAUUUUCAUCUCAAUUGUUUUUCAGCUUUUCUUCUUCUAUAUGUGGGGUUUGGGUAUUUUAUGAGGUGGGUUAUACAGAGUGGCCCAAAACUGGUGUUUCAUCCACAACAUUGCCUCCUUUUUGAGGAUUUCAGGGGAAUGAAAGGUCGAUUUCAGAGUUGGGUUUGUUGAUUUGAAGAGUUGGGUUUUGAGGGAUUGGGGUGGUAAUGGAAACAAGAGGGACGCUUGUUGCUGGGUCUCACAAUAGGAAUGAGUUUGUGCUCAUCAAUGCUGAUGAGACUGCACGGAUCAAGUCCGUGAAAGAAUUGAGUGGCCAAAUUUGCCAGAUUUGUGGAGAUGAGGUGGAGAUUACAGUAGAUGGAGAGCUCUUCAUUGCCUGCAAUGAAUGUGCUUUUCCUGUUUGCAGAACUUGCUAUGAAUAUGAGAGAAGAGAGGGAAAUCAGGUUUGCCCUCAAUGCAAAACGCGAUACAAGCGCAUUAAAGGUAGUCCUAGGGUUGAGGACGAUGAGGAAGAGGAUGACAUUGAUGAUUUGGAACACGAGUUUAACUUUAGGAACCUUGAUGGUUUGGGCCCUCAACAAGCUGCAGCGGGGUUGCUCUCUGCGCGCCUUGGCACUGGAUGUGGCGGCCAUGCUAGUACGUCUAAAACCUCAACAUGCUCGGGACAUAAUUCCUCUCCCCACAGUCCUGAAGUCCCUCUCUUGACCUACGGUGUAGAGGAUGAUGUGAUUUCUUCUGGUCAACAUGCUCUUGUGGUACCUCCAAACAUGGGUCAAAGAAAUGGAGGUCAUCCAUUACCUUUUUCUGAUCCAUCUGUGUCUUUGCAACCUAGACCAAUGGUUCCUGAGAAAGACAUAGCAGGAUAUGGGUACGGGAGUGUUGCAUGGAAGGAUAGAAUGGAGGAGUGGAAAAAAAGGCAGAGUGACAAACUUCAGGUGGUCAAGCACCAAGGAGAAAAUGGUGGUCAGGGCUUUGACGGUGAUCUACUGGAUGAUCCUGAUUUGCCUCUGAUGGAUGAAGGUAGGCAACCACUAUCGAGGAAGUUGCCCAUUGCUUCAAGCAAGAUAAAUCCAUACAGAUUGAUAAUUAUACUCCGCCUCGUAAUUCUCGGCUUCUUCUUUCAUUACCGAAUUCUCAAUCCAGUUCAUGAUGCAUAUGGAUUGUGGAUGACAUCAGUUGUAUGUGAAAUAUGGUUUGCUAUAUCAUGGAUUCUGGAUCAGUUCCCGAAAUGGUGUCCAAUAGAGCGAGAAACAUAUCUUGAUCGGCUUUCACUUAGGUAUGAAAAAGAAGGGAAGCUGUCUGAGUUAGCUAAUGUAGACAUCUUCGUAAGUACAGUUGAUCCUCUGAAAGAACCUCCGCUGAUCACUGCAAAUACCGUUCUAUCAAUCCUCGCAGUGGAUUAUCCAGUUGAUAAAGUUUCGUGUUAUGUAUCUGAUGAUGGUGCUGCUAUGCUUACUUUUGAAGCUCUUUCUGAGACAUCUGAAUUUGCUAGGAAAUGGGUCCCCUUCUGCAAAAAGUUUAAUAUUGAGCCACGUGCCCCAGAAUGGUACUUCUCUCAGAAGAUUGACUAUCUAAAAGACAAAGUUCAUCCAGAAUUCGUGAGGGAACGGCGUGCUAUGAAGAGAGAAUAUGAAGAAUUUAAAGUUCGAAUCAAUUCAUUGGUUUCCACGGCACAAAAGGUUCCUGAGGAAGGUUGGACAAUGCAGGAUGGAACUCCAUGGCCUGGGAACAAUGUUCGGGACCAUCCUGGCAUGAUCCAGGUAUUCCUUGGCCAAAAUGGUGUUCGUGAUCUUGAUGGAAAUGACUUACCUCAUCUGGUUUAUGUUUCUCGUGAGAAGAGGCCAGGGUUUGAUCACCAUAAAAAAGCAGGAGCCAUGAAUUCUCUGGUGCGGGUUUCAGCAGUUAUCUCAAAUGCUCCUUAUAUUCUGAAUGUUGAUUGUGACCAUUAUAUCAACAAUAGCAAGGCACUUAGAGAAGCCAUGUGUUUCUUGAUGGACCCCACUUCAGGAAAGACAGUUUGCUAUGUGCAGUUUCCUCAAAGAUUUGACGGGAUUGAUCGUCAUGAUAGAUACUCAAACCGGAAUGUUGUAUUCUUUGAUAUCAACAUGAAAGGAUUAGAUGGUUUACAAGGACCAAUAUAUGUUGGAACGGGGUGUGUCUUCAGAAGGCAAGCUUUUUAUGGAUUUGAUGCUCCUGUCAAGAAGAAGCCUCCUGGCAAGACCUGCAACUGUUGGCCAAAGUGGUGCUGUUUGUGUUGUGGCUCUAGGAAGAACAAGAAAGGAAAGCCAAAGGAGAAGAAGAAGAAAAUGAAGCACAAGGAGGCAUCUAAGCAGAUACAUGCACUAGAAACUAUUGAAGAGGGUAUUGAAGAAAUAAGCAUAAAAAAUUCAUCUCAGAAGCCACAAGUAAAACUUGAGAAGAAAUUUGGGCAAUCUUCUGUAUUCGUAGCCUCCACACUCUUGGAGAAUGGUGGUAUUCCUCAGGAAGCCAGUUCUGCAUUGCUUUUAAAAGAAGCCAUUCACGUUAUCAGCUGUGGAUAUGAAGUCAAAACAGAGUGGGGAAAAGAGGUUGGCUGGAUAUAUGGCUCUGUGACAGAGGAUAUAUUGACAGGAUUCAAAAUGCAUUGCCAUGGCUGGAGGUCUGUGUAUUGUAUGCCAAAGCGACCUGCAUUUAAGGGGUCAGCUCCCAUCAACCUUUCUGAUCGUCUUAACCAGGUUCUUCGUUGGGCCCUUGGAUCUGUUGAGAUUUUCUUGAGCAAACACUGUCCAAUUUGGUAUGGCUAUGGGGGUGGAUUGAAAUGGUUGGAGCGAUUUUCCUAUAUAAACUCAGUUGUAUAUCCUUGGACUUCCAUUCCUUUGAUUGUUUACUGCACCUUGCCAGCCGUCUGCCUUCUCACUGGGAAAUUUAUCGUCCCCGAGAUCAGUAACUAUGCCAGCCUUGUGUUUCUGGCUCUCUUCAUAUCCAUCGCUGCAACGGGUGUCAUUGAAAUGCAGUGGGGUGGUGUUGGAAUUGACGACUGGUGGAGAAAUGAGCAGUUUUGGGUGAUCGGAGGCGUAUCAUCGCACCUCUUUGCUCUCUUCCAGGGUUUGCUCAAAGUUUUAGCUGGUGUCAACACGAACUUUACUGUCACCUCCAAAGCAGGAGAUGAUGGAGAAUACUCUGAGCUUUACCUCUUCAAGUGGACAUCAUUAUUAAUCCCUCCAACAACCUUGUUGAUUACAAAUAUAAUUGGGGUCGUGGUCGGGAUUUCGAAUGCCGUUAACAUUGGCUAUGAUUCAUGGGGUCCCCUGUUCGGUAGGCUAUUUUUCUCCAUCUGGGUCAUUGUCCACCUCUAUCCAUUCCUUAAAGGACUGCUUGGGAAACAGGAUAGACUGCCAACUAUCAUUUUGGUCUGGUCGAUUCUGUUGUCUUCAAUAUUAACCCUUUUGUGGGUCAGAAUCAACCCAUUUGUGUCGAGAGACGGUCCUGUGCUGGAAGUUUGUGGUUUAGAUUGUGACUAAGAUAUUAUCCAAAGUACAACUUCAGAUAGUUUGUGUCGAAAAUCGAUGGUUUUGGAGUUGCAGAAGGAAUUUUUUCAACCAACCAGACCUAUAUAUCGAUGGGCAUCAUUUUGCAUUAAUGAGAAAUAUCAUAGAGAAUUUUUGUGGAAGGAAAAAUAUAGCUGGAGGGUGUGUAGAUAAAAAAAUGGGAGUGGAGACUUUGAUAUUUGUUUCACAAUUGUUUCAUUUAUUCUCUUGUUAGAUAUCAGUUUUGGGGCUUUUGGUAUUUUUGUAUUUCUUCAUUUAUAUAAUCAAAUUAUAAAUUAUCUUUUUCUCAA